CUUGUGCCUUGUGCCAUUUAGAGAGCCAGCUUGUUUCGCCAAGAGAUUAAUGUAUUUUGUGACCAUAGUCAAUUGUAUUUAGUUUGUAAUUUGCUUUACUAUGUUUUGCCUCUCAGGAGUGAUUUUUUGUUUGAACUUUAUACUUUUACAAAGUAAAGACUUUUUUUGAACAAACUCUCUUUUGAGUCGUGCGUUUGAGUCCAAGUGUCUAGGACACCAAAAAAGGAUCUGCCCCAGAAGGCACCGUGGAUACAAAGGCAUCCCCUCCAGGCUUGAGGUUUGUUCUUCCGAUAGCAGUGUGUUGGAUCAUACUGUUAGCCAUCAUGGGUCUCCGUAUCUACUUUACCUCUGAACUUUCUGAAGACAACGCCAAGCAGACUGCAGAAAUCAAGACGCUGACAUCACAGAAGGAUGGCUUGACAAAGCAAAUACAAGAAAUGGAGAGGAACUGGAAUGAGCUCAACGUCAGUCGAGCUCAGUGGAGCAUCAAUGAGUACUGCAAAGAGGGUGAAGUGAAAUGGUUCCUCAUGCGUGCUGAACAUAAUGGGAGUGAAGCUGUGAAUGCAUCAGAAGGCCCUGAGGAUACAAUGUUAAUGCGUCCAGUGGCACAGUGUCGACAGUGUCGACCAUGUGAGAAGAACUGGAUACCCUACGGGCCGAGCUGCUACUCGGUGAAACACCCUGACGCUACAGAGCUGUUAACCUGGGAAGAAGCUCGAGAAUACUGCAGAGCGCUUAACGCAGAUCUGGCUGCUGCACAUAGUCUAAUUGAAAAGAUCAUGAUCAAUAUAUAUAGGCCAGUUAGUUCAGCAACUAACGGAUACUGGAUUGGUCUGAGAGUUGAAGACGGGAAAUGGAAGUGGGCAGAUGGAAGUGAUCUGACUGAUAGCUCCUGGAUAGGAAAACCUACUGAGGGUCACUGUGCACUCUCUGUCCGGAACAGCCCACCAUGGUCAUCAGUGAGCUGUGAAGAGAAACAACAAUGGAUCUGCCAGAAGAAAGCUCUAUCUGUUUAAACACUGCAGUCAUACUUGUACUCUUACAUAUGCUUUUCUUUUACUUUUUCAGAGAUGCAGUAACCUCAUUUAUCAUAUCAGUAUAUCGUGAUCAUUUGAUAUAAAAGGACCAAAACGUGCUCAGUUUGAAAUGUUUUAAAACGCUGCUUUAUGUGGGCCAAUAGGAGUCGCUGCAUCUUUGGUUUCAACAUAAUGAGCUCAGAGAUGUUUUCUUAAGCAUUUGUAUUGUGAUGUUUUACAUUUUAAUAUGUAGAGAUGAGUUAUGUGUGUGAUUUAUCUAGAAGCUAAUUCAUGUUUUGAUUGAUUGAUUUUUUUUUAUUGAUACAUUUAUU